AAGCAAGGAAGAACAGAGCUACCGCCAAUGCACGAGGAAAACCACAUAUACACAUCAAAUAGAAUCCCCUACUUGGAGACAGCAGGUUGCUUCCGACUACCGAAGGAACGCGGAGCACCCCAAACAGGAACUUUAAAGGGAUUGUUAUCUGUUGCCUGUUCCACUAGGAAUAUUGUUUGCAAGGCACAAGGUGUCUUUUGGUAGUGAGCACCCUCUGCGCAUGCGCAGGUCCACUCGGGAAUUACUGCCCAGCCGCCGACUAAGUUGCAUUCCUUGAAUCUUCGCAGAAAAGACAAUUCUUUAAUCAGAGUUAGUAAUGUGGACAGUACAAAAUAGAGAGAGUUUGGGGCUUCUCUCUUUCCCUGUGAUGAUUGCCAUGGUCUGUUGUGCACACAGCGCCAAUGAACCCAGCAACAUGUCAUACGUGAAAGAGACGGUGGACAGAUUGCUCAAAGGAUAUGACAUUCGCUUGCGACCGGACUUUGGAGGGCCCCCAGUGGACGUAGGCAUGCGGAUCGAUGUCGCCAGCAUAGAUAUGGUCUCCGAAGUGAACAUGGACUAUACCCUCACCAUGUAUUUCCAACAGUCUUGGAAAGACAAACGGCUUUCUUAUUCUGGAAUCCCUCUAAACCUCACCCUAGACAACAGGGUAGCAGACCAGCUCUGGGUGCCAGACACCUACUUUCUGAAUGACAAGAAGUCGUUUGUGCAUGGAGUCACAGUGAAAAAUCGAAUGAUCCGACUGCAUCCUGACGGAACAGUUCUCUAUGGACUCCGGAUCACAACUACUGCCGCAUGUAUGAUGGAUCUUCGAAGAUACCCUCUGGAUGAACAAAAUUGCACCCUGGAGAUUGAAAGUUAUGGCUAUACCACUGAUGACAUUGAGUUUUACUGGAAUGGAGGAGAAGGAGCAGUAACAGGAGUUAAUAAAAUUGAGCUUCCUCAGUUUUCAAUUGUUGACUACAAGAUGGUGUCCAAGAAGGUGGAGUUCACUACAGGGGCAUAUCCACGACUGUCACUAAGUUUCCGUCUAAAGAGAAACAUUGGCUACUUCAUUUUGCAAACCUACAUGCCUUCUACGCUGAUUACAAUUCUGUCCUGGGUGUCUUUUUGGAUCAAUUAUGAUGCAUCUGCAGCCAGAGUUGCACUAGGAAUCACCACUGUGCUGACAAUGACAACCAUCAGCACUCAUCUCAGGGAGACCCUGCCAAAGAUCCCUUAUGUCAAAGCGAUUGACAUUUACCUGAUGGGUUGCUUUGUGUUUGUUUUCCUGGCUUUGCUGGAAUAUGCCUUUGUAAAUUACAUCUUCUUUGGGAAAGGCCCUCAGAAAAAGGGAGCUAGCAAACAAGACCAGAGUGCCAAUGAGAAGAACAAACUGGAGAUGAAUAAAGUCCAGGUCGACGCCCAUGGGAACAUUCUCCUCAGCACCCUGGAAAUCAGGAACGAGACCAGCGGCUCAGAGGUGCUCACGGGCGUGAGCGACCCCAACACCACCAUGUACUCCUACGGCAGCGCCAGCAUCCAGUACCGCAAGCCGCUGAGCAGCCGCGAGGGCUACGGGCGCGCCCUGGACCGGCACGGGGUGCCCAGCAAGGGGCGCAUCCGCCGGCGCGCCUCGCAGCUCAAAGUCAAAAUCCCCGACUUGACGGACGUGAACUCCAUAGACAAGUGGUCCCGAAUGUUUUUCCCCAUCACCUUUUCCCUUUUUAACGUCGUUUAUUGGCUUUACUAUGUACACUAAGAUCUGUCCUAAUGGUUCAAUUUAGACUACUUUCCUCUUCUCUUGUUUUUUAACCCCACAGGUCCCCAACAGCGAUACUGCUGUGUUUUUUGAGGUAAGAGAUUCAGCCAUCCAACGGGUUUUAGGUCUUGCAUAUCGAUUUUAUUACUGCACCAUGUUUACUUCCAAAAAAAAAAAGGUAUUUUUUUCCAGUCUACUGUGGUCCAGGUUAUCAGCUCUUUAAGAGCUCUAUUAAUUGCCAUGUUUACAAACAAACCACACAAGAGAGGAGUUAGGAAGAUCUUUAGCAGUCUUUCCUAGUUGCCCUGAAUUUAUAUAUAUAUAAAAGAGCCUUGCUGUUCACCUGCACUGCUUCCUGGUAAACUGUAACAUUCUCAUGCUGCCAAAAAAAUAAAUAAAUAAAUAAAAAUAAGAAAGAAAGAAAAUAUAAAUAAAUAAACCAAUACAACAAUUUCCAGGAUCUCAGAAGAAAAAUAACAAAGCCAUUGACAAGUUACAGAUUUCCAGGAAGACGGAGAGGGAGACAAGGGAGGAGUCUAGAAAAGAGAGGAAGGUUCCCCUGGACUCUUAAGUACCCCCCUAAGUCCCUUGUAAAAGGGCUCCUGAGCUCUGUGGAACAGGAGGGAGGGACUGAAAAGUGUCGGUCAAGGUGGUGCCAACUCAACCUUCCAUCUUCACCUCACCAUUAGGCUGGGUAUCCUUAGAAAGUCUUCUUUGUCAGAUUUCCUGGCAAAUUCUUCAAUGAACAUUAGAAUCCAGCCUGCUAAAACUGAUAGCCAUUGAGAACAUUUUUCUCUCCUUAGGAAUGAAGAGUUUGGGGAGCAAUGACUAGAUUUCUUACUGACAUGUCCAAUGAGCAGCCCUGAAUGCACUUCAUGAGCCUGAAAUCCUUUGAAACUGUGCCAUGAAACCUUGCCAUCACAUUUCCAUAGUUCCUUCUUCGGGGAGAAUAAGAGAAAGGAUACGUGGUGAGGGCUUUGAAGAGAGGAAUGGGGAGAAAUUUUCACUUGAGAAAAAAUAUUGUCCUUUCCAUGAGGAAGGCAAGAUUUAUGUGCUGUGUAAAGGGUGCCUGGGCAGUUCUCUGAACUGCCAAAUCUUAAAUCAAAUAGUAUAUAUUUCUUAGCCUUCCAGAGAGCUGUAUCUAAUGGUGACAGGCUAGUCACACAGGCCUUAGCAGGUACUUUCCGGCUCUCUCUGAGCUCUGCAUUCCAGGCUGUGGAAUGAAUGAUACAGGAAACGCACACUUAUCCACAUUGGUGUCAUUUGCUUCCAAAGCCAGACUUCCAUUUUAAGAAAAUCCUUAAAGUAACAAAUCCACAGAUAAAAACAACAACAACAAAAGCACUGGGCCUUCAAACACUUGCACCAGCCCCUAAAGUGUCAACCCUGUCUACACUUGUCAAUCACUGUCAUCCCUGCUCUGCCUUAUCUCUGCUCAUGGAUUACCCUGGAUCAUGGUUCUCAUGACUUUCAGUAAUGCCACACAAUUAUAAACACAUCCAACACGCUAUAGUUAAGAUACUUCCCAUUUGAUUUCAUUAAAACCUCCCUUUUUUUUUUUUUAAGUGUGAGUAUCUAAAAAUUCUCUAUGUUCACUUUCAAGGUUGAGUGAGAACUUAAAUUGACUAACCAGUAAUAGAAGUGAUUUUGGCACCUGAUCCAUAGAUAUGAAAUCAGGGUUUAAGUAAUAAUAGGGAUGAUUGCCUCAUUUGAUAAUCUAGCUUUUCUCCCUGAAGCUGUGAGGAAAAUCUAUGGGUAGACUAGCAUGAGCUUCUGGAAAUUAUAGUCAUAAUUGGAAAGAUGAGGCUGAAUUCCUACUGAUGAGCCCAAGGGGAGUUAUAAGAUAUUAUUUUAGGAAAAAAAGGGGGAGCCCUCAAAUAAUAAAUGGGUAUGGUUGAAGAUAAUAUACAUUAGUAAGAAUAUUAAAACUCCACUUUAACUGGAAAAAUGAUCUCAAUGGUUUUAUGAGGAGUUAGUACGAUUAUGGGGACCAAAUUUUUAUUUUGAUUUUCAGUUAUUUGAACAUACUUCCCUGAUCAAGGUAUCCCCAACUUGUGGACACAAGUCAUCUAUUUUGAAAUUUUAUUCAGUCCCUUGGCAGGAUGAGAUGCUUUGCCAUUGUAAAAUGUCCAAAUUGGGUGCAAUGUGGCCAUGUUGGUGGAUGUAAGGUUAGUAUUCCCAAUGACCACCCAGUAACCACUGUGAAGCCGUUUAUUUUAAACAUAGGAAGGGAAAUUUUUGGCCGAUGUCUAACAGAAAUGAAUCAUUCUGAUGUCAAAGCCCUUAAAAAGCUUUUAAGGGUAAAAUGCUAAAUGAGAAAGGAAGUGUCUGUAAUCUAUGUUUCUUAACAAAACAAUUUCUCUUUAUUUAUCUACUUAGAUCAUUCUUCUUGGAAAAUGACUGAGGUAAUUUAUAUUUCAAUUAUUAUUUUUAUCUUGUCUUUUAAAGUCUAAAGUGUUGGUUUUUGCUAUAGUUUUAGAUAUCUUCUGAGAAAAAAAAAUAUUUUGAACUCUUAAAAAACUUAACCUUUGUAAAAUGUAAAAUUAUCAAGCUUGGAUCUACCCACUGGGCACAAAAUGGUGUCACCAUCUGGACACUAGAGGGUUCACAGCUACCAUUAUGCAAAUCCUAUCAAAUGGCUCUAAUUUUAGAGGCAAUGGUAGCCAAAAGAAUGGAGAAUCUGCCAUGUUUCUGGUUAAUGAACUCUGACCACACUUCUUUCUUCUGAACAUUUCUCAGACAAAUCCUUUCCUCCUUGCCUCCCCUCCUGGCUAAAUCCUCCCUUUCUAGACUGACCAGUGCAUGGGAAAAAAUAUCUACUUUCUCCCUUUGUCUUGUCCAAAAUGAUGUACAUAAGACAUCAAUAGUUGUGAAACAUUUUUAAGUGCCCUGACAGUGGCCCGCAUUCUUGAAAGAUUCAGCUUAUUAGAUUAUACAAGGGUUAGGUUUAAUUAUUAUUGGGUUGUUUUAUUUUUGCCAUGAAAAUAGCCAUAAUCCCCUGCAUUACUUAAGUGGCAGAAGAGAUUGAAAACUGCACACUCAUUCUCUUAUGCCUGCCACUGUCAGGUCCAGGGAAUCCCAUGUUGCACGGUUCAUCAACUGUGGCAUAAACUGUGUCAUCGACUUAACCUAUGUAGACGCAGCAGAAAUUCUACCUUUCAUGUGACAAUGAUGAAUAUCCACUUUUUCCUUCUAUUCAUGUCCUUGACCUAAAAUAUUAGGGGUGACAUAUGUGUUACGCUUACUAGCUUUGUGAGGCAGAGACCCAAGUAAAGAAUUAUCCAGGAUUAUUGCCUCUGUCCUCUUCAUUGCCAAACAGUAAGAGCAGCCCAGUUGAUACUUCUGCUGACUGAAUGAUCUGUUUUUGUACCUACCAUCUUUUUUGUACAUUAAAGUCCACGAAGGAUCUUGAAAAUGCAAAGAAAAAAAAAUGUGGUGCAGAGAAUAAACUUUGGUUUAAGGGUCCAGAGAGAGGCUUUCCUUUAAAAAUAUUAUGUACAAUACAUAAAAGUAAUGAUGAAAUUCUAUCUUUCUCAAAUCAAUGACUAUUUUAUAAAUAUGCAUUUAGGAAAGAACUCAAUUGCAAUUUGCCAAGUUAAACAAAAAAGACACACACAUAAUGCUUCUAGAAGGAAAUGAUCUCCAAGAUUUCUUAUAUGGACAGUUCUGAAGAGAACCUUACCAAAGGGUGGUGUGCCAAGAUUUUUUUUUCCUAAAUGAAGUAUAAUCAUAUGUCCCAAGAGGGAGAAAAAAGGAAUGUGCAAGCAUUUGCUUAUGUUAGUUCAAUCAGCAGUUACUGGAGGAAGAGAACAGAAAAUCAGUAAAGAUAUCUGUUUCCUGAAAGCAAGCAGAAAACAUGAAGGUAAAUGUGUUAAGGGAAUGUAGACUAUUAUGUAAACUUCCUUGUAAAUUCUGUACAUAGUUCAUUGAACUGUUCCCUGUGGCGUGGUGGUCCUCUACUUUGGGUGGAUAUUUGAAAACUCUGAGCAUUGUAAAUAAUGUAAGCUUAUAAAGCAUUUGCUUUUAUUCAUGAAGCAAAAUGACUAGUGAUUUGGACCCAAACCAGAAUCUUUUUCAGCUCUUCUUGCUCUUUCUCUGCUGUUUCGUGUGUGCAGUUGUGUAACCCUGCUGUAAGCCAGAGCCAGGUGUCUGUGAUCACUGCCUCAUGCCCCUAUCCCACCAAAAGUGUCAACAGCCAUGAGAAGGCUGCAAGCCUGUGGGGCCCAAGAACAGCACACCAGCAGAAACGGGGAUGGGAGCAAACUGCUCCUUAAACCAUGUCAUGAAAAGUAGAUGGACAUGUUGUUUCAGUCAUUUGUGAGUAUUCAUAUCUCCAGAUAUGGAAUUAUCCAUGCCAUUGAGCAGGGUCAGGAAUGCUCCAAAUCCACAGGUGAUCCAAAGCUUCAUUUGUGCCAAUAGCUUUAGCCUCUAACUUCUCUUCUGCCAUGUUUCCCAGAACUUCUCCAAAAAAAAAAAUAAAUAAAAAAAUAACAGUGAAUAAAAGGGAUAAUGUGAUCAGGGUAAACAAGCAAAUGUCCAAAAGUAUAGGAAACGAUAGUUGAUUCAUUUCCAAAAGAUCCAGUAGUAACCAUGUCAUUAUUAUUUAAAAGUAAAGAGAAAUAUUGUUAUAAACUGGGAACUGAAACAAGAAUUUUCAGCUGGGGAUAGGGAUAUGAGUAAUAUGUGCUAAUUAAGCUUAAAAGAAGGUCUGGUAAUUAAAUGUUCUCAAAUAUAUUUCCCCCAAGUAUUUGUAUUCUUGAAAAAGUCUUUAGAAUGAUGGAAUAUUGUGCUAUAAGAUGUGUUUCCAUGCAAACUGGCAAUUCCAGAGAGAGGUGAUGGCAUGUACAGAAAUUCUACAAGUAAUCAGGGAUAGAAAUUGGUUUCCUAGCAAUGUGUUAGAGGGAACAGCAUCUUUCUUGGAGUUAAGAAAUUCGCAAAGUUGGACUUUGGGUCAGUACUCAAAAUGCUAGGACAGCAUACACGGGGAGCCAUCACUGUGAGCCAUUUUGGUUCCAAAAUGUGCCCACUAGAGUUCACUACUAGUGGAAAAAGAAAAAUGACUCAUCAGGUCACUUUGUAGGUUAAGAAUACAUUGUGCUUUUACUUUAACCUAGCUUUUUUUAGAUAUGAAAUCAACUAAAGUGAUAGAAAACGUCAUUGUUGGAGGCUGUGGUUACACAAGCAAGCACUUGAAAGAAAAGAAAGUUAAUAAAAGAAUUGCAAACCAAAAAAUCCUGAGUUUCUAGAAGGAUAAGAGUGAAGAGUUUUGUGUUUAUUUUUACUUCUUCCAUAGGAAGAAUUUCCUAGUUGAAUUGAAGAGAUCUAACAGUUGGUUAGGGUUUUUGUUGUUGUUGAUGUUGUUGUUGUUGUUCUUUUGCCUAAUUAAAAAGUCAUUGGUAUAUCAAAGGACUCAGAAUAAUUUCUGAUUGGCCCCUAGAGCCCUUGCAUAUCCUGGACUCAUCAAAAAGGCUUCAGUAAGAAUUUAAUGUGAGAAAAUUAGGUGUAUUUCUGAACCAGUUGGGUAAGAAAAACAUUCUCCUAACCAAUUCUACCUGCACAUUCUGUCUUGCAGACAAUCAAACAAUAAAUCAAUAGAAAUAGAUGAAAAAAGAAAUAAUAAUAAGUAGCAUGAUUUCAUUUGCCUUAGGUAUACAGGGUCACAGAUUAUCUUAAAACAAUCCCAUUCAAAAGCCAAAGGAUGAAGAAGGGCAAUCAGUCUCACUGCCUGGCUCUUGCUUCUUUCUCAGUUUCCCUUUGAAAAGAAACAAGGAAGAUGAGACGUUUCCCAAUAUAUUUAAGUGUGAAUUAUUAAAAUGUGAUGUGUAUGUGAGUUUUGCAAUUUUGGCUUGUGUAAAAUACAUACCUCUUCUAUAUUCAUUUCUUCCUACACUGUAUACCAUCCUGCCUCAUGUUAAUCCAAUGAAAUUUAUUCCUUUUUCUCAUUUCCAAACCUCAUAAGCUAUCUUGUCCAUAAAUAGCUAAAAGCUUUAAUUUCUUUGGAUUUACUUCAAUUUAAUUUACUUCAAUUUCUUUGGAUUUAUCUUCAAUUUAAUUUCCCACACACAAAAAAAAUUAAUAAUUCCUACUCAUUACCUUUAAAAGACCUUUGGAGCAAAUUGUAAUCAAAGCAACUGUCGUGGGUUAUUUUUAUUUUCUGUUCCUUAUGUAAAGAGUACAUGUACUUACUUACAUAAGCCUUCUCUCUCCUAGCUUAUUCAGAAUACAAUGGAAACACAAAUCAUUAGCUCAAAUCUAGGGAACUUUACAUUUUCUAUCCCAGAAUUUGAAGGUAAAGCCAUCUUCUCACAUUACAUAUGCAGUAACAUGAGGAACUCAUGCUGUAUUAAUUCUUCAUUGAGCUUAUCUACUAAUGCCCCCUUUCAGUCUUAAUUGUACCAAAAAGUUGAAACUGUAUUAUUAAAUCUCCCAGAAGGUUUUAUGGUUCAAGUAACACAACACUGGUUACAGACUGUCCUUUAAGAACUUAAAACCCACUUCAUCCUUCCUGUACCUAAUUCCUGUUCCAGAUUUCUCCUUUUAUAUGUCCCUUUUACCCAUUCCCCCUCAUUCUUCUAGCCAGUGUUAAAUAUUAAUUUGUAAAUGGGCAGGUCAUUGUACAAACUGUCUAAAUUAACACCAUAAAGUUAUGUAGAACUCCUGUUUCCUCUAGACAGCAUUUCUAUAGAGUUAGAGAACUAAUUUUCUAAAUAUCUAAAAUCAGUAUACAGUCAAACCUUGAAAGUUUAACAAUAGAUGAGCUACAUGGCAAGAGCAGGGAAAUGGAAGACACCUUCCAGUGGAUGUGUAGAUGGAAUCAGUGAAUGGAAGACACCUUAGAAUUAGAACUGGGACAUGGCCUUUGUGUUGUCUCUGCCACCACCUUAGUAAGUGACUCUGGAUAUACCACCAAUGACUUCCACCUUCUCUUCCAGAAAGGUACUUUUAGAGAUGUUCAUUUGUAUGGGAAGCUCAAAAUAAUAUGCAAAAGCACAAUGGCCUCUGCUAACAUAGCCUCAUAAAUUUAGUAAAAAUCCUUGUAGCUUGUGAGAGUAAGCCAUCUGCUAUCAAGUGAACUGAAUUCAAUACUUGUUUAUAUUCUUUUUAAAAAUAUCUCAAAUACACAAUUAUGCAGUCAAGUGGUAAAAAAAACAAAUACCUUGCUAUUUUUAUAAUGUUCUAUGUCAUAAUAUUUUCCUUUAAUAGCAUCUUUAAGAGAGUCUUAGAUAGUGGUGUAUAGCAAUGUUAUCUUGUCACUAAUUUUAGAUUUCUGGAAUAUGUAGGUGUCCUUAGGCCAUCCUCUGUAAUUCAGUCAAGAAAAAGCCAUGAAACUCCUCAUGGAUGGAAAAGUCAAUUUCUAGGCGGUAUCUAAGUCCAAGUGCUGCCAUGCCCUUCUUAAUUUGGGACCCUCACUGUGUCCUAAAAGUGGAGUGGCAGGUUUAGUUGUGCUGUCAGACAAGAAGCAGAGGCCCAUCUAAUUAGAACCUCUCCUUCCCCAUGGCUCCAACCCCUCUUGCCCCCACUUCACCAGUUAAGCCUGUGAAAUACUCUAGGUACAGCCAUGAUAAGUGUGUAGUCUGUGGUUUAGCAUCUCUGGCUCUUCAUAUUCUUCAAGCAUCAUUUCCAUUUCAAGUCUCUGAAUAUGAUCCCCAACUUGAUUUUUGAAAAGAUGUUCCUAUUUUUUUCUCCUUCUGUAAAGACCAAAUCCAAAACUUUCAGGAUUCUUCUAAGAGUCUCCUUACCCUACAAAAUAGUUAGGAUAGUGCCUAGAAAUUCUGCCUUUCCACUGUAGACCCAUUUAAGAAUGUGGUGAGCUUUUUCUUUCUUCAGCACAAUUGGCUUAACAUUCUGCCCUUCAACCUCAACCUACAAAGACUAUUGUUUAAACCUCCCCCAUGCAGAGGUGCGCUCACUAGUCCUCUUUAAGUAGUAAAUCUGCUUCGCAUCCAUUUUACCUAGAGAUGGCUUCACAUUUAAUGGUAUGAUUUUGAAGACAGAGAAAGCACUAGCCUAAAUUCUGACCAAGAUGAGGUUAAUACUUACUUGGAGAUAAAUGGAAAAAAUAUAUAUGUAUACAUACAUAUGUACAUAUAUAUAUAUAUAUAUAUAUAUAUAUAUAUAUAUAUAUAUAUAUAUUUAAGUUGUAGAUAAAUUAAUUAGGAUUCAUUCAGGUAUGAGUCCAAAAGAUAAACCUAAGAGGAAAUUUUACAGUCAAACUGUUAUCUUGUAUAACAAUAAGUCAAACAUGGAUUGAAGUAGGAUUGUUUCUGAGUUGGUUGUUUCAGUAAGACAAUGAUCAUGUCAUCAAGGACUCACAUCCCUUCCAUAACCAUCCUUCCUUCUUCUUCGUAUUAUCAUCACCUGUUUUGGUUACAAAAUGACUAUGCAUACCCCUCCUUACAGACUCAUAUUGAGAGGCAGAAACUUGGUAAGUUUGGUGUUGGAACUUUUUUUAAGAGGAAGGAAAUCUUUCCCCAUUCAACAUGCCCCAAACAGUCAUCCCAUUUGUCCCCUUGGCCAUGUUUGAAUUAUACAUCCUUUACUAUACCAGUCACUGAGAAGAGGAAUGGAAUGUGAAUGCUGUGACUGGCUUACAACAUUGACCCUAGAGCUGCCCAAUGCCUGAAAAAAACAUGGACAAAAAGAAAGAAUAGCUUCUGGGUAGACAUCCAAUAGUGACUGUCAUUCAUUAGUCUAGGAUGUCAAAAACUUGUCUCUAUACCCCAUUGAAUGAUUUAGUCUUCACUACAAUCCUGUAAAGUUAUGAUGACAAUACCAAUAUAAAAAAUAGAGGCCUAGGGAUGGGGAUAUAGCUUAGUUGCAUGUACAAGGCCCUGAGUUCAAUCCCCAAUACCAUAAAAAAAACAGAGGUUCAAAUAGGUUGAAUGAUGUAGCCAAGAUCUGAGAGCUAGUCACUGGUGAAGUUAGUAUUCACUCUCAGCUUUCUUGGCUCUAAAAGCAAAGUUCUUCCACUCCACUUAAAUCUACUGCUUAGAUUUAAUCCUUUUUACCUUUAUCUAUGCUUUGGGUAGUUCAAAGAUGAGUGGCAAAGAAGAGGAAAGAGGACAGUUGCCACUUCUAAUAGCUAAAAACCAUGCCCAGUAGCCAUUGUGUCCACUUCUUGUCCUCCUUCUUCUCCACUAUCACAGCCCCAACCCAUAUAAAAAAGUAUUUUAGUAUUGUCUAAGAGAAAGCAUAGGAAGAAAGCUUGCACAACAACAGAAUAGUCUGAUGUAUUCCUCAAUGCUUUUAAAUUAAGGAACCAUAUAAGCAUAAGCGUCAGAUAGUCCCAGUGUCACUCUCAAAACGUCCACUUGAAUAAUAAAUUACAUGGCCACUUGUGUUAAGGGACCUCAGCAAUAUGAAGGAUGUGGAAAACAUUAAUAAAUUCAUAUUAACAAAUUGAAGAAAAUAGGUCUUAGCUCCCUGUGAAUCAUUUAUUACUUCUGACCAGUCCUCCCCACCACUCAUGCUCAUCUUACUUUUCAUUGGUCUCCUUACUCACAUUCAAGCAAAUGAAUUCUCAGGCAUUCCCUACCUUCCACUCCAAAGCCACACAUCAUUCCAAACUCUUCUCAUUGCCGUGAUUUAAGAUUUACAUCUUAUUUCCAUCCCUCAGAUAUUAUUCUUCCUAUAUCCACUCCCGUGGUGGUUUAUAAUCAGGACAACACUACCCAAAAAUCCAUAUGUGAGCACCCCUCCUCAUUCCAUCCCCUCUCCUGCUAACACUCCCUCAAUUCUUGUACUCUGCCCAGUAAAAUAAGUAUUUCAUCAGUGUAUUUCCAGCAGUUUUGUACAGAAAUAUUCUGCCACCGUAAAUAAAGUAUAAGGUCCUUCAGAGUACACUCCCCAUUUUCUAAUUCUUUGUACUGUCCAAAACAUCUAUUGACCUGUCCAUUGCAGAGUCUACAAAUGCUGAUUAAAUGGCCUACAAUGGUAAAUAUAGCAAGAGAAAUGCAUUUCCAUAACAAGCAAUAUUUUGAAAUUACAUAUAAUACCUGUGGGGAUAACUCUCCCCAAAGUUCUUUCAGUCCCAUAGAACUGAAACCUACAAACUUCAAAUCAAUUGUAGUCAUCACAGGUGAACACAGUUGGUGUCAUGCAGAGUGGUCACCAAGAUUUUUUUCCACUUUUUAUAAUUAAAUAGGCUGAAUCCUCAUAAUACUGCCAUUCUAGAUUCUACCAAUUCUGUUAGAAUUGAAUUUUCCAUCCUUAUUAUUACUGCUUUUUCCUUUUGGAGAAAGAAAAAAAUUCUUUAGGUUUCUUUCCCCACCCCCGCUUGCUUUGUUUAUCCAUGUUCAACUUAUUAAAAGCCUUUUAAAUCUAGCUUCUGUGGGUGUUUAUUCUUGAAGUUGGGAAUGGAACAUUCCGAUGUGAAUUCUAAGAGAAUACUCCUAGAAGACACUGCAUACCAAAUUCUAUUUCUGCCAAGAUAUUAGUAGAAGGUUUAGAUCUAAGAGAGAGGGUUUUUUUUUUUUUUUGACAUUUGUCACUGCUUCUCAAGGCUAAAUAUGUACAGCAAAAUGCCUUUUUAGAAGGCUCUUUAAAUUAUUAACAUUCCUGUCUCCUACUAAGUAUUUACUUAUUUGCACAGAAGAAAUAUAUAAUUUGCAAGCCUUACCUCAGAGUGGCAACCAGCUGCCCCAGUUUUACUAAAUAACAUAUUUUUCUACAUGUAUUUCCCCAAUACAUUGAAUUACAGUGUAUCUGCUUUUUCUUUUUUUAAUCGACUCAUUAAUGAUGUGUUUCCUACAUGUUUUAAAAAUACUCACUGGAUAAAGCUUGAAGUAUAUUAUAUUUUGCAUUGAUUCUCCACAUAUUUUUAGGGAAGCCCCUAGAUUAUUCUCACUCACUAUAGUGCCAUGAAAAAAAAGAACUAUAUAUCCAAGUGACCUUUCAUACUCAGAAUACCACUACUUUUCUACAAAGGGAAUGCAUAUGAUUCUAUACACAUAUAUUUAUUGAGCACGUUACUCACCUCCAUACUUUAAAGAGGGCCAAUAACCCUCUUGAUAAAAACUACUCUGUGGAAUUACUACAAGGUCAAGAUUGCAUGAGGUUUUUGGAAAUCAAUCCCCACUGAUACAAAUGUUUACAAUAACCAAAAAUUCUUUGACAUUUUUAAAUAAGCUUUUUAUUUUUUGACCACCAGGCAGCGUUUUGUGCCAUUGUAAUGGAAGCCUAAUAGCUAAUGUGAAAUAAUGUUAGUGUGUCAUUUAAAAGGCUAAUGGAAAUAAAAUCUGGAAAGUUUCAUAUUGUUAAAAUACAAAUAAAACUGUUUUUGAAAGAAAAGCAUCUGGGUUAAGGAUGGCUUCCUUGAAAAAUUCUCCUGGCUAUCUAUCAUCUCUGAAUAAUUAUUUUGCUCCUCUUUUCUUUCUGGGAGGGGACUGAACCUGAGGCAAAGACCUUGACACAGUGAUUCAGGAGGUUUGGGGAAGCAGGGCUCCUUAGGCUACAGAAUAGGAAAUGACUAUCCUGCCAGCAAUGGAACACCUCUUUGGCUAUCAUUUCACCUGAUACUUGAUUGAAUCCCCAAAUUAGCCAAUCUUGCCAAACCAAUCUUCUGCUAUUUUAACUCAUAGCAACCUGUACUAAAUAGCUGGGGCUUUCAAAAGCAGGUGCUACUUACAAAAGAAAUGCGUACCUUCUGUUGCCUCUCAAAAUCCGUUAUGCUAAACUCGCCAAAUAUGUCAGAGGAUAUUGUUACGUGUUUUAUUCCUUGUGUUUUUAAGUCUCCACUAAUCAAUUUUGCUAUCUACCCUCCUACCAAAUGUGAUUUAGCUAAUCCAUAAUCUGAUUGGUAUUGCAAAAUUCUUGUAAAUAAAGGAAUUCCUUUCUCUUUAUUUUUCAGAAGGCAGAAUCUCUUUCAUUGAAAAGAAACAUAAAUAAUAUUUGAAUAUUUCUUUUCACAUAAGCAUUUUCUUUCUUACAUGAGCAGAUAAUACUUUUGUACACCUACCAGACCACUAAAGAAGCUAAAUGGUAAGAAUAAGUAUUUCUGGAAACCUGUAGAAAUUUUUUAAUGAAGAGAGACAGGUUUAACAAAUGCCAAGAAAGAAAAUGGUGGACUCCUUACUUUUAUAAUUCAAGUUUUCUAUUUUGUAUCAAUAUAUGCUGCAUUUUCUGAUUGAAAUUGCCAUUCUGUCUAAUGAUAUUUGUGACUUUUCUGUAGUUGCUUUUUACAUUUGAAAUCAACCUUUCAUACAGCGUGUACUUUUCUGCAUCCUUUCUGUUAGGGACUUGAUUAAAUUAUUGUUUCAUUAAUUCCUUUUUAUGUGCUUAAAGUAUGUAAUGUUAUGCUUUCAUUAUCUCAAAAUCUGUGGAGAAAAUCCAUGAAGCCUGUAGACUGUGAUUUAUACACAUGAAAGAAGACAGAUUUCCCUUAGGCUGUGAAUUAGUGAAUAACAAAUUGUUCAGUGGCCUCUGAUCCUGACCCUUUUUCCCUUCAUGGCCUUUUUUCUACAAUUAGUCAUUCAUUGAGUAAGUGUGUACUCUUGUAAAUGCAAAAUCAAUUUACAUGCAAUCAGGUAUGGACACAAGAAAUGCUUGUGCUCUCGAUUUCAGGACUCACAGAUAACCCUAACAGUCACAGGACUGACCACAAUUCACUAAAUAUUUUUGUUAUUAAUGUGGCUUUGCUAUAAAAUAAGUUGCUGUUUGCUUUGGUACAAGGUUUUAAUUGUUGCAGCAAAUGAAAGAGAAAACACUUAUGAAAGGCUGGUGUCAAAAAACAUCAGCUGUACUUGUAAAAGUAAUUGUGCAGCUUCUGAAAUGUAGCUUAUUACUGUAAAUAUGUACAAUUUAUGUCAGCUUGUUUAUUUCAAAACCACAAAUAAAAAAUUUUUAAUGAAAAA